CUCUUUAAGCAAAUCUGGUAAAGAAAAAAAGUGUCAUUCAUCAUCAGUUUUCAUUGGAAAGAACUAAAUUGUGGCUCUUGUUUAACGGGAUAUUUUUUGCCUUGUGUCAAUUUAUAUUCAGUACACGGUUGUGGAAAACAUUAAGGACUAUUUUGAAGUGAAGGAAAGUAAGUAGUUCACUAGUUUAGACUAGUUGUUAUCAACACUGAUUAUUUUCAAGAUUGUAAGGCAAAAAAAAUAAUAAUAAUAAAUUAGGCAUGCUUAAACUGGCAUUUUGAGUAGUCUACUGUUACUGCUCUGUAACACUGUAAUGGUUGUUAACGGUUGUUAAUAUAAAAUAAUAAAUACGUCGCCGUCGCGAUAACCUUGUUCCUUGUGCCUUGUUGUAGUACUUGAAAAUUUAGGUACAAAAUUAGCCACUAACCAGUAAUGACGAGUAGGCCUAAGCCCUAAAUUCUCGUAUCCGGAAAUUUGUCUGAAAGAAAUUUCAUCGACGGAAAAUUGAUCGAACAGAAUUUUGGUCGAAUUCAUUUUUCAGUUCACGAUUCACACGAUCUAAUAUUUGCAUCAAAUUUCUUUAUGAACUCACUAUAAUAUAUUAUAAAGUAAAACAAAAUAAUGCGUUCAAAAAGAAAUUAGAAAUUUAGUAAUUUGACGCUAAAUUAGUAAAUUUUAACGUGUGACGAAUUUUAACGAAUUCGACCAAUUUUCCGUCGACGAAAUUUCUUUCAAACAAGUUUCCGGUAACCCUAAUUUCUAAGUCAAAGUCUAGUCCUUUACUUUUACUUUAUUAAAUAAAUUAGCAUAAUAAUAAUUUAAUAAUAGUAACACUAAUAUUUCUAUUCGUUAAAAUAAAUAUCUCUCAUUUUAGAUUUUAUUUUAGUUACAAUCAUAAUCAUCAAAUAUAAAUUAUUGACCCAAGAAAUACAGUAACUUGACAAUUAUUAUUUUUUUAAUAUUAUGUUACACAUUGCAAGCACUGUGCUACACAGUCUAAAACUAAAAGACCAAUGCUGAUUCUGUUUGCACGCGUGACACGUUUAAAACCAGAUCAUGAGUCCCCCCUCCCCCUUUUUUUUCUUCUUCUUUGUGUUACAAAAGAAAAGAAAAAAAACCUUUAGACUUGUUAGUGGGCGGUCAUACGCUGAGUUGUGUGAGCGGAUCAAUACUUGUCUUUAUCGCGUGUGUUUGCAACUCACAUCGACAGUAAUGACAGUAAAUUAUGCAGCUGCAGGGGAGGCGGGAAGUCUUCCAUUUUCUUCUCUAGGUAGCCGAGCUGUAGCACACUCCACGUGUUAAUAAUUACUGAAUUUAUAUUUUUGUAUUGUGUAGACGUAACUUGCCAGUUUUUAGUUACUAUAAGCCUAAUUGUUUCAUCUUGUUAAAUUGUGGGCUUGUAAUGUAAGCCAAUUAAUAAUCAAAGUCAAAGAUCAGUAGUAUUUCGAAGCUGCCGGUGAUGUAUGGUGGUGUGAGGCUACUCCUAUUAAUAAUAUUAAGUACAUGUAUCAGUACAUGACUUAGGAUUGAAGCCAGUUUAAACUAACAAAGUAGUCGAAUAUCAAAUCUCCUUUAUCGAUACUGUACACAGGCUACAGAUUAAAUGUAUAAGUAUAAAUAUUUGAGACUCCCAAUGCGAAUUCAUCAAACUCCGGUGCCGAUAGGCCUACCCACUAAUUAAUUUUUGUUGUUGUUGUCAUUUAAAAUAGUCUAGAGUUAGAGCCAUGUUCCCGAGUUCCGAUAUUUUUCAUUAUUUUUUCUGUACCGCUUGAAUAAAUAGAUACUAAAUAUAAAUUGUUUUGUCCUAAGAGAGCACCCUAGAGGCCUAGGCCUAGGGCUAUUGUAUUGAGGCUAUAUUAUGAUUUAUUAUUUUAUAAGUUGUUGUUUUUUUUGUGUGUGUAGUUAGCAUCAGUCGUUCAGUAGUAAUGUUUGGAGGUAGCUAAUGACUUUCAAAUAAAUUGUAUAUUCACAUUUAAAAAUGUAAAGAUUUAAAUUAUUUAGCAUAGCCAUAGGCCCACAUUUCAAGAUAUUAUUUAUUCCUAAGAGUGGUCUCAGUGGAUCAAAUCAUAUUGGAAUUAUUGCUAAGUUAAUUAUGGUAACUUUAGUUAGUAGGCCUCUUGUCUUAGAUAUAACUCACUAUGAAUAAAUGGUGUUAGUGUUAGUAGAAAUAACAAAUUGUGUGAAGCUUGCCGUAUAAUAAGGCAUGGGCCUUGCCAUUGUGACUGUGAAGAUGAUGAAAAUGAUAUGGAUUGGUCUAUGCAAAGCUUUUUUGGGGUACUUUUAUGAAUUAUUUAAUAGUAGACCUACUUAUAUAAGAAUAGAAAUGACUUUUAUUAAGUUGUGUUUGUGGUUUAACUCUAAUCUAAGAUGUCAUAGCUCCCUGGGGUGUCCAUUAAUUACUUCAACAUUAUUAAAUCGAUUUUUUUUUUUGCGCCCCCCCCCCCCCCCCAUCAACAACUGUCAAACUUUCAAUGAGCCCCUCCCCCCCAAUUUAAGUAAUAAGUCAACAUUUUUAUAACACACCCCCACCUCCCUAGAAAAAAAAAAGAAGAAUUAUAAUAAAAAUAAUUAUAUGAAUACAUUUUACUUUGUGCUCAUCUAUUAUAAUGACACAAAAUUGUAGUAAAGUACAUCUUAUCACAUUUUAAGCUUGUUAAUCAACCAGUUAAAAAGUUUUUACAAUGCAGAAUCAAUUAAAAAGGUUGUUAAAGACUAAAUAUCAUUGAUAUUGUUUGUGGAAGUAUAAAUGUGAUUAUUUUCAGUAUAGCUGACGAUUGUAGCAUAGUUUCUAGCUGCUGUCAUCUUCCCAGGGAGUUGGCAGAUGUUGCUCUAUCGUUACAAUGGGCAUAGUAGCUGGAUUAUUAUUUUCAUAUUGCGAACAUAUAUACCAGAAAAGUCAAGAUCAUCCUCUUCUUACCAUUCAGCACUUAAAAAUAGAAGCAUUGUCAGUGUGAGCAAUAAUUGCGAUAAGCUCUCUCUGUCUCCUGGCAGAUAUUCUUUUUAGUUCCGUAGCAGGUGGUAAUUUCUUAUGCUCAAGAGUGCAUUGUCGGUGCUGUUUAACAUUCUAUUUCAACAUAACUUGUGAUGCAAAAUAGAUGUUACAGAUUUUGCAAAUCUGUUCAAGAAGUGAUGUUAUUAUUGUUGCUCACUUUAAUUUCCCCAUAUUCUCAAAAUAUCGUAUUCCUACUCUAUCAAUAUCAUUUAUCUUGACUGCACAUGACACUUAAAUCCUGUCCUUGUUCCAUACCUGCAACAUGAUUGCAAACUUACCACUCUAGGCAUUUAUGACAAACAGAAUCUACAGGCAAAGAAAGGCCAACUUUUGACUUCUCUUGCACCAACAAUGUGUGUUAACAUUCUGACCAGCCAUCAGCAGUGCACAGACAGACACACAUUAAAUAAAUCUUAUAUUGUUAAAAGCCUAAAAAUUAUAUAACUAUUUACGCUCAUUAAAUUUUUGAAAAUAAUGUAAUAACCAGUAAAUCUUUAAGAUUAAAAUUUUAAUACAGAAAAUAUGAUUGUUGACAUCAACUAAUGUGCCCCCCCCCCCCCCAUCCCCCUUUUCAACAAUCAUCAACCAUUUCCAAAGCCCCUCUUCCCCUAUUUUGUUGACACAUUUAAUGGACGACCCCCCUGACAUAUUGAUUUACCGGUACUUCUCAGAAUGGCGGUCUCAAAUUGAAAAUAUAACACUAUUCCACCAGCCUAACAGCCGCCGAAAAUGAUUGCCUUAAAUUUAAAUGUAUUCAUUUAUUUAAAAAUUGCGAUCUUCAUCAAGCUCCUCAUCAUCACCUCCUGAAAGAUGUAUUUUAAAAAAAAAAGAAUAAAAAAUAAUUUUAAAAAGAAGAGGAGGUCCCGAAGAAGAAAAGACAGAAAAAUUCAAGAGAGAAACAAAAGUUAUCUAUUGAAUUAUUGUUUUAUAUUAGAAGGCAGACAGUUGGUGUUUAGCAAACCACACUAACCAAAGCAUACAGUGCCUUCAGCAUUGUGUCAUAACUUUGUAGAAUGUUUCCUGACAAGAUAUUAUUUGAAACCGGUGAGUGCGUUCUGCCGGACACUUUCUAACGAAAAGUAUUCUAUUUUUAAUUUGGGACCGCCGUUCUGAGGAGUGCCUAUAUAAUAAUUAAUAUAGGCAAUAACUAUAUAAUAUGUUUGACCUAUGGGUGCCAUGCUUAGUCAAAUAAUUCAUAAGGGAGCAGAAUAUAGAAAAGGUUGUAAAAACCUUCCAUUUAAAAUAAAUUGAGUGCCUAUCAAUUGAUAAAAAAACAGGUAUUUAAAUAAUAUGUUUGCAGUUUCAAAAUUUAUACCCAGAGAUUUUUCUAUGACAUGUCAAAUAAAAAAAAAUUGUCUAAGUCCCUAAACGUCCCAAAACUGCAACCAUAUUUUAUUUUCAUUAUACAUUUUUAUACCAUAUUUUCAUUACUUUUAUUCUGAGUGGUUCAAGGCAUUUUAUAACCCUCAUUAUAGUUGAUCUCUCUUUAUCACUGUUUAUAUAUUUUUUAUUAUUAUUAUUUACAGCAAACGCCCCCAAACCCGUUCCAUUGUUAUUGCCAUCCUCGUCGGUGCUCUUAUCGUCGGGGUUGGCUGUGCAGCUGGGCUUGCCAUGGGCCUAAGAAAAGACAGUGAAAAUAAUACUGCUACAAAAACUCCAGUCUACAAAUCUUCUACUCAAACUUACAAGUACGCAUCAGUUGUGGCUGACUCCAAAGUCAGCUCAGAUAUAGGAAAGUAAGUAUUUCUUUAUAACACAAAGUUUAAUUAUUUUUUUUUUUUAAUGCCAUGUGUAAGACUAGAUAGUUGAUAGUUAACAUUAUUUUCAUGCCCUAAUGUCAUUUAAUCGGUCUUGCUUGAUAAAGAUUGACACUUGCAUUUUGCUAUCAGACAUUGCAAUAUGUGUAAGAAGCAUAAUUUGGCAAGGUAAAUAUGUUUAGAAUAGUUAUAAAAAGUGACAGAAAAAAGAUGUAGGAGCAAGGAAAUAAACAAAAUAGUUUUAAAUUAAACAAAAUUGUCAUUAUAAAAGGCUGAAAGUUUAGUUGCUAAAUAUGUUGAACGUAAAGCUUUUAAAAUUAUUUUUUUAAAAUUAUUAUAAAUUUAAAUAAACUAAUUUUUUGUUUGUUAGAUGGAAUUGUAAAAAUUGUAUUAUAAUUUUUUACUCUACUAGCGAUAUUUUAGCCAGAAAGAGAGGCAACGCGAUAGAUGCAGCUGUUGCUGCACUAUUGGCCACAGGCGUUUUAAGUGCUCACAGUGCGGGUAUUGGAGGAGGAUCAUUUUAUGUUAUUUAUCACAGGUAUUAUACUAAAAUGUGUGUUUCAAAAGUGUUUUUACGUUAUCUAACGGUGUUCAAUGAAUAUUUUGAUGAUAGUAGCAAUUCAAGAUUAAUUAUUAAUUUUACAUUGCAGAAAAUAUUCCUCAGUAGAUCUAGUUAUAUUUUAUUACUUUAAAAUUGCCAUCUUUUUUGGAGAGAAAACAAGUUCCCAUGUUUGGUAAAUUAUGUUGUGCUGGGAUCUGGAAUUCAAUUUCUUUCUUUUAUUAGGGAUCAUGGAUGGCAUUCUGUGGACAGUCGAGAGACUGCUCCAGGUGCAUCAACUGAAGAUAUGUACCUGUUGCCAGAACAGAGAAACAAAUCUAUGUAUGGUAAGCUUUUGUUCUUUUUUUUUAUUUUUGUGUUCGUUAAUCUGUUGUUUAUAAUCACAGCAAUGCUUAUUCAUAACUGUUACAAUCCUUUAUGUUAAUUUUGAUUUGCAAAAGAUGACUCGUACAUUAGUUUUUUUCUUUAGUUGAUUAUUAUUUUUAAACAAAUAUAUUUUGAAAAUUUUGUUAUUCUAGGUGGAAUGGCCAUUGGUGUGCCAGGAGAAGUCAAGGGUCUUUAUGAGGUUCACAAAAAAUUUGGAAAGGUUCCUUGGAGAGAUGUUGUUAUGCCAACUGUUAAACUCUGCCGAGAUGGUGUACCACUUUCAAAAGCUCUCCACCACGCACUUAGUCGCCUUCAGACGGAUGAGGAUAAAAACAAAUUUCUGUGAGAUAUUUUUCUAUAUAAAUUUCAAUUAUACCAACAUUGAUUGCUUUGCCCUGUUAAUUUUUCCGAAUUUUUUUCAUGUACUUUUUCUCUUACAGAUAUUUAAAAGCACCAGAACGUUUUCCAUAGGAUACUCUUAAAGAACAAAAUUAUAAGGUGACAUUUUAGGAUAAGUGCCAUGAAGGAUUUACUCUGUCAAAUCUCUCAUUUUAUUGUUUUACUGUAUUAUUUAUCAAUGCAGGCCAUACUUUGACCACAAUCGCAAUGUAAAACCAUUAGGAAGUCUGAUUAAGCUACCAAAACUUGCCAAAACAUUCCAAGCUAUUGCUGAUGACCCUUUGUCUUUCUACAACGGCAGUCUAGCCAGUGAUAUUGUUGCUGAUAUUAAGGAUGCAGGUAUGUUCUUCCAGUUACUUAAGCGCUCGUCUCAUUUUUAUCACUGCCUUUCCUUCAUUUUCCUUUGACUGGUGCAGUUAUAUUUACAUUAAAUAAAUGUGUGUGAGGGGGAUAAAAGCUGCCAUUUGAAUGCAAAUGUUAUUAUUCAGUGCCUGAACCAUAUGACCCCCGUAGUUAUGGCUGAACACACAUUUUAACAGGUGGAAUAAUAGAAGUCAAAGACAUGGAAAACUACACAUUGAAAUGGGACAAACCUACAGAGAUGCAUUUGCCCGGUGAUUUAUGUGUGUACUCUGUCCCCCCUCCAGGAAGCGGGCCUGUACUCAGUUACAUUCUCAGUAUUCUCAGUGGUGGGUGCUUCUUUCCACAUAAUUUCUAUGUUGAUAGAGGGAAGAAACACUCAGUUGUAAAAUGUUAACUGAUUCUAGAUAGGAUAUACAUAUUUUACUGGGGUAGCAUUUCUGAAUUUCAUCUUUUGGGUAUGUAAUUUUUCUUCUCAUGUUUUGCCUUCUUUGUAGCCUUGCAACUUAAUUUGGCCAGGUUUCACAACUAAUCUGGUACACUUAAUGCUCGCAGGAUACAAAUUUAGUCCUGAAAGUAUUUCAACUGAUGAAGACUCAAUACUCACCCACCACAGAAUCAUUGAAGCCAUGAAGUUUGCAUAUGGCAAGAGAACAGAAUUGGGAGAUUCAAACUUUGUUGAUGUUAAACAGGUAUUCAUUUAACAGUUAAAAAGACUGUUGGUUUCUUAUUACUUAUGCUUUUAAAAUGAAAUUAGGAUGUUCUUUUUUUUUUCUUAUCAAUCAGUACAAGAACAGAAUCUGCAAUGCCAAGAAAGAAUUUGUUAGGUGAACAUGAUUUCUUUGAAUUUCAUCAUUUCCAUAAUCCAUAAUAUAUAUUUUUUUAUUUUAAAAUACAAAUUUUCACAUUUAAUAGGAUGUAGCCAACAUGACAUCUUUGUCUUAUGGUGAGUCAAUUAGGCAGCAGAUUGAUGACAAAAUGACCCAUGACACUAGCUACUAUCAACCAUCUUUCUAUAACAAUAACGAUGAAGGUACAGCACACAUCUCUGUAGUUGAUGCGGAAGGCAAUGCUGUUUCAGUUACCAGCACGAUCAAUACAUAGUAAGAAAUCUUGCACCAAUGUUAUCUUUUUUUAAAAUUAUUCUGUAGUAAUUUAUAUCUUUUAGCGUUGUACCAAUAAAUAGUAUUUAAAUUUUAUAAAAGUGUAGUUUCUAUUUAUAAUUAAACAAAAAAUUCAACCAAAAAAAAAAUUAAAUUUAAAAAAAUACAACAUAGUAACUGACUAAAUAUUAUUGGCUUUUCAGUUUUGGAAGCAGAAUCAGGGGAAACAGAACGGGUAUUAUUUUUAACAAUGAAAUGGAUGAUUUCUCAACACCAAACACUGCCAAUUACUUUGGGCUUCCAGCAUCAGAAGCUAAUUUCAUCCGUCCAGGGAAGAGACCAAUGUCAUCAAUGUGCCCAGCUAUUGUUUGGGAUGUAAAGGCUAAAAAAGUUCGUCUGGUGACAGGUGCAGCGGGGGGCAGCAAAAUUACUACUUCUACUGCUCUUGUAAGUUAAUUUAAUAUCAUUGUUCAACUAUAAAUUGCCGGUAUUUUCAAAUCCCAAGAUUUUAAAGUUUAGUAAUUAUGUGCAUGGUCAAAUUCUGAACUUUAUUGCUUUCCAUAUUUUUGUAAUUAAUAGUAUGAACAGAUUCAUGAAGAAAUUGGCUUCACUUCUAGAAAAGAGACAGCUUUAAAGGGGCUUUUAACUUCAAUGAAUAUCAUUUCAUGUCAGUUAAAAUUAUAUAAAUUGUUUCGUUUAUAACAGAAUAUAAUAGAUGUACUGUGGUUUGGCAUGUCCCUCCCUGCUUCCAUUGAUCGUCCUAGACUGCACCACCAACUUAUGCCACCUGAACUGGUUGUGGAAAAAGAUUAUCCUGAGGUGAGCAUUUAUAUACUUUGUAUAGAAAUAGUUUUACAAUUGAAAAAAUUUUUCAGGUAACAAAAUUAAAAUGAAAGUCAUAUAAUGGUGGCGUCACAAAUAUUAAUAGUGGAAUGUCAGAACCACUCAUAUUAUGAUAUGGUGAACAGAAGUCAGAACCUGUGCUAACAACGAAGGGUGGUAAAAAUAGAGAAGAUACCAAAUUAAUUAUGUCGUUUGUUCUUGGUUAUGUGGAAAUAGAAGAAUAACCUUGUAGGACAGAUGAGUUGGUUUUUUUGGAGUGAUGAGAAUUAAGAAGUUUGUAUUUUUAUAUGAAUAUAUUUUAUUCAUUACUUUGGAUUUACGUAAAUAUAUCUUGUUCAUUACAUUGCAUUUUCUGUGAUGACUAUUUUUUAUUCAUAUCAUUGGAUUUUAUGGAAAUAUACUGCAUCUUACCGCAUAUAAUGAGAGUAAUUUGGGAUUUAAAAAAAUCCUACUUAAAUUUUAGGGGUUUGCAAGCGCAUGGGUGAAUUUUUUUCAAAACAGUAAAUGAUACUAAAUUUUAAUGCCAAUGCAACUAAAUCUUGGUGCACUCGCAUUUGGUGACUGAGCCCGUAGUGUAUCUGUGCAUAAAUAACACAAAUAAAGUAGCGCCCCUUUGAAGAGAUAUUAGCAUUGUUGUAUCAGAAUGGCCACAGUUAAAUUUAAAUAUAAUAAGUUAAAUAACUUGGACAUGUUUAUUAAAAAAUAAUAAUCAAUUUCCUUAAUUCAUAUUGUAUUAUUAUGGACAAAAUUCAUAAUUCCUAAAAAGUUAGGGUUUGCAAUGUAAAUGGAUCAUAUUAUACACGAUAAUGUACAGUAUAUAUUUCGCUACUGGAUUUACAUAUUAUUAUGUAAAAACCAAUAAAGUCACUGUUUCAUAGAAGUAAUCACACCAUCAUCAAAUUUGUGCUGUGACAGGUGGUAUGGUAUCCCCUUUUAUGAUAAAACAGUUUUUAAUAAAUAGUAAACACAUACCAUACUUAAAAACCCUGCUAAAAGUUAAAUUAAUUUUGUGUGAUCUAAAUUAGGUGAUGAUAUUAAAUUGUGUAAAGUUGUUUCAAAAAAAUUUAAUCACAUUUAAUAUGAACAAUGUCUUAAAUUUUCCCCAGACAAUACUCAAUGGCUUGAGAGCCAAAGGACAUGUAACAAAAAAUAUGGUUGGCUACUCUGUCAUUCAGGCAGCUGAUGUUUUGGAAAAUGGUAUUGUGGGGACUGCUGACUUUCGUAAAGGAGGGGAUCCCAGUGGAUACUAGCCAGUCGUUUUUUUUUUUUUUAAAUUAAUUUAUUAAGGCUGAUCUAUGUAAAUGAAAUGCCUAUGUAAAUAGUGUAUUGAGUUUCUCUUACAUUAUUAAAAAAAAAUUGUUAAGUGAUUUAAUUUAUUUAAUACUGUUUUUUAAUGUAAUUCAGAUAAAGUUAAUUUUGCAAGAUCAUUUUUUAUUUCUAGUAGGGCUUCUUACAAAUAAGAUAAAUAUUUAUGGUCUAGGGCUGUUCUUAUUUAAUACAUUGGUGGCUGAAACAAAAAUACAACAAAAGUACCGUAACGAUUCAACCAACAGCAUAUUGAUAAGAGGUUGCUAGAACAGAAAUGUGGACUUAAAGAAAUUUAAGUUAAUUUAAAUGAAGCUAAAAACAAUACAAAAAGGAAUUGUAGAGGAACAGGAUCACUACUGAAUAGACAUUACAUUUUUUUUACAUAGUUGAGUCUGCCAUUAUCUUGUUUUGUACAUAUCAAAAGUUGUUGUCAAAGCUACACAUUUUCUUGUCCGGAUGAGAAGAUGCCCAGAGUUUUAAUAAGGUACCACUUGUUUUUAAAAUGAGAAAAGCAAAUAAAUUGAUGUCAAAUGUGGAAUGCUAGUCAUUUUUAAUGAGAUAGAAAAUGUAGGCCAGUGAGAAGUAUACUUGUUCACUCUUUGAAUUUGUAAGUUGUGAUCUUUGGAUGAACAAGCUAUGCAUGGAUAUUUGAUCUACAGCUUAGAAGUUGAAUAUUUAUUAUUUAUAGUAUAUUAAAUUUCAAAAAUAUAUAUUUUUUUUAAAAAAUGGUUAUUACUCAAAUUCAAUGUUUCAGAUUGUUUUCUUCUUGCACGUAGCCCCUACUAUUGAAUUAUUUUGAAGUCUUUAUUUUAACAAAAAAUACAAUUGUUUUGUUUAAACAUGAUAGGUAAAGUAUUUUUUUUUUAAAUAAAAAUCUUUCUUCUAAAGUUUUGCACAUAGGCUAAGGCUACAUUUAGCAUGUGUUUUUCUUCUUUAGAUAAGUAAGAGCUUUAACCAUUAUGUUUAGGAUUACAUUUUAGGAAGCAUGCAUAUUUAUGAAAAUACCAUUUUUAUUGAUUACAUCGGUUUUUAAUAAAUAAUCUUUUAAUUAAUUUAUAAAUAAUUUUCAAAAACCAAAAACGGUGAUCAAGAAAAAUGUUAAGAUUUUGUGAAUAAGCUUAUAUGAUUUUUUUUUUUUUAAAGAUGGACGUUAAAUAUUCUUAUUUUGCUUUUUUGUAUUGCAGUUAUAUUUUUUAAAAAACAACACAUUUUGUAACAUAAAGUGAGAAAUUGAAUGGUUAUAUAUUAGAUUUAGAUCAGUUCAGAAAUAAAAGAAAGCAAGCUAAUUUUUUUAUUCAAUAACAGAAUUUUUUCUUUCACAUAAGUAAUUUUUUAUUUAGUGGUGUUUAAAAAUGCAAAGUGUCUGGAUUCUUAGAGAAGUAUGUGAAAGCGUUGACUGCUGCAUUGUGUGGGAGUUGGUUGAUUGUUGGGAUGAGAGAACAAACAUUUUCUUGCACUAAGCUCAACACUAGAACAUAUUUAUUGCAUUUAAAAAUUGGCUUCUCGCAAUUGUACAAUUUCAAAAACAUUCAGAUUUCCAAACAGUAUGUUUUCCAUAGCAAAAUUAUUGAAUGCGCAAUGUCAUUUAGUUAUAUAUUGCCAUAAACUAAUGUUUGCAUACACAUGUUUGUAUGGAUAUUCUCAUUCAUAAAGACAGGAAUGUACAUACUUCUAGUCCUUGGUAUUAUUUUUUUUCCUCCCUCAUUCACCAUCUAGUCUGUAACAGUCUGUCUUGUAGUCUGUCUUGUGUCAUAUUUAUGCUGAUUGUUUUUAAUUUAGCAGACCAUAUGUUUUAUGUAUUUUUUAAAAAUCCACCUCAUCAUCAUUGGCCACAUGUGUCUUAGCCUUUUUCAUUUGACAAUAUCAAGUUAAAGCAUUUUAAAUAUACAUUUCCCAACUGUUGGCAUUUUUAAUCAUCACCGUCAAAACAUUACAUCUAACCUUUUUUCUUUGCAUGAAUGGAAUCAUAAACACAUUUGCCUCACAUGAAUGGAAACAUACACACAUUUGCCUCACAUGAAUGGAAACAUACACACUCACUCUUUUUUUUUUAAACUUUAAAAAAAAAAAACUUUAAGGAGAGAUCUGACAUUUUCAGUAUUUUAAAGUGUUACUCAAGUCUAAAACAUUGUUUGUAAAUAUGUACAUUUAUAUACACAUGAUCUGCUCUAUUAUCUAUACAAGAGAUUAUCAUACGAAAUUGUUGAAAUUACUGGUAUUUUUUGUUUUUGCUCACUCUCCUAAUGGCUAGUGGUCAGCUUGUGAAUGUCAUUUUAAAAUGUAUGAUAUGCUAGACCUUUGUUUAACUUUAUGUACCAGUGGGCUUUACAGAGAACAGCACUUCUUUAUCAUGAAAUAUUUUAACUAAAAUUGCUUUUUGUCUGAAUUGAUGGACAUUGCUCUAUUCUUGCUACUGUCAGUUUAAACAAGAUUUUCACCCACUAAAACCUCGAGUUUCAAAAAGAACAGUCCUUGUGACACAUUGAAUUGAAUUUUUCGAGCACACAUUUGGAAACAGUCGUUAAUUUGUCAUGCAGUCUGAUACAUUUCUUCCUUUCAGAACAGACAGUUGCUAGCUUAAAAUUUUAAUAUUCUUAAUAUUAAAUUUUACAUGAAUAGAUGCGGCUGUUGUUUUUUUUAAAACUUUUGCUUCACCGCUUAAGCCUCUAGGAAUUCUAGAAAAUUCCAACACUGUCUAUUGACCAAUCAUUCUAAUCACGGAUCGGAUCAUCACAUCACUUCUACCAUGAAAUCCUGGCCAACUGAGUUAGGCUGUGGACAUUCACAGUGAGCAUCUGUGAUGCAUUAAGUUCUUGUACACUUUAAAUAAGUUGACUUUUUUAAUGUACAUGUAGAUAUGAGUACCACUUUUAAUGUGCUUGUAUUAAACUUGAUAUAACAGUG